CUCUUCCAAGGGCUCUCGCCUCUCGCCGCGCUCGGACGGCUGGCUCGGCUCGCGCUCGCGCGUUAUCCGGUGGGGGUGGGGGCAGUGACGGGGGUGCGUGGUGGCGUCAGCCGACAAGUGUGCUUGUUUUCCUUGUUGUGCCUAUACGCCGGCAGUGGCAGCAAGUUGUUUUCGUCGUCGCUAAUUGCGUCUAGCCAAUGCCGUGGUCCCGAUCGUGUGGAUGCAGUGCGAGGCGACUCCGGUCAGCGGCAGGGACGCUCACGAGCGCGGCCUCGGUGAUCCACUCACCCAGUUUGCGGCGACGGCAUUGAACAGCACGGAGCGGUAGCCCUGCGCGGCGAUCGAUAUAUCAAGCGAGGCAACCGUAGGAAUGAACGCGAUGGAUGGAACUUCUGCCCUUUUCCUGGCCGCGCUGAUGUGUUUGGCCGCGCUGUUGCAAUACGCGAGCCCUUUGCAACCGAACGAAAAAGUCGACACAGGAGUGCAAAAGCUGAAGAGUCUGUACAUAGCUGCAGUGUUCCCCAUGAAGGGCCAUGGUGGCUGGCUCGGCGGUCAAGGAUGUCUUCCAGCGGCGCUUAUGGCACUGGAAGACGUCAACAAGCGAUCGGAUCUUUUGAUUGGCUACAAGCUCGAAAUUGACUGGAGGGACAGCCAGUGCAAUCCUGGCCUAGCUGCGACAGUCAUGUAUGACCUGCUCUACAAUGAGCCGCAGAAAUUGAUGCUGCUUGGAGGUUGCAGCAUUGUCUGCUCUACGGUAGCAGAAGCUGCUAAAAUGUGGAACUUGGUAGUUAUAUCGUAUGGGUCUAGCUCACCUGCACUCUCCAAUAGAAAACGUUUUCCAACAUUCUUCAGGACACAUCCAUCAGCUACUAUUCACAAUCCUACGCGCAUCAAGUUGUUUCAGAAGUUCUCAUGGUCAAGAAUUGCUAUCAUUCAAGAAGCUGAAGAAGUUUUUAUAUCUACAGGUGAAGACUUAGAAGCACGUUGUAAAGAAGCGCACAUUGAAAUUGUUACCAGGCAAAGCUUUCUAACUGAUCCCACCGAUGCAGUCAAGAAUCUUGUGAGGCAAGAUGCACGGAUCAUUGUUGGCAUGUUUUAUGUUGCUGCAGCCAGACGAGUAUUUUGUGAGGCAUAUAAACAGAAUGUGUUUGGCAAGCAGUAUGUGUGGCUUCUAAUUGGAUGGUACGAGGAUGGUUGGUACACAGUCCAAGACAAAGGCCACAACUGCACUACAGAGCAGAUGAAAGAGGCCCUUGAGGGGCACUUCACCACUGAAGCUCUUAUGCUCAAUCAAGGAAACCAGGAGACCAUCUCGGGAAUGAGCUCGCAACAGUUCCUGGAGCGGUAUGAGCGAGCGCUAGCGGAGCAGAAUGGAGGACUGCAGGGAUACAAGCCUGAAGGUCAUCAGGAGGCCCCGUUAGCAUAUGAUGCCAUCUGGGCCAUUGCAUUGGCGCUCAACAAGACCAUCAACACCUUGCGUGAAUACUCCAUGAGCAUUGAGGACUUUACUUACACCAACCACAAGAUUGCAGAUGAAAUUUGGUCUGCCAUGAAUGCCACCCAGUUUCUUGGUGUCUCGGGAUUUGUUGCCUUCUCUGCAAAAGGUGAUCGCAUGGCAUGGACACUCAUUGAACAAAUGAUUGAUGGAAACUAUGUCAAGAUUGGUUAUUUUGACACCCAGACUGACAAUUUGACCAUAUUAAACCAAGAAAAGUGGGCAGAUGGGAAGCCACCCCAGGAUCGUACAAUCAUAGUUCGGGUACACCGCAAAGUGUCACUAAGCCUCUUUGCUGGGAUGUGUGCAGUGGCCUUCAUCGGUGUUGUCUGGGCUGUUGGCCUGCUCAUAUUCAAUUGGAUAUUCAGGCACUCCAGGUAUAUACAGCUUUCCCAUCCCAUGUGCAAUAACAUCAUGCUCAUCGGCAUCAUCCUGUGCCUGGUGUGUGUCUGCCUUCUUGGCCUGGACGGGCAAUUUGUCAGCGAGUUCAGAUAUGCACAUAUCUGCCAGGCUCGUUCGUGGUUCCUGGCCAUUGGGUUCACACUAUCGUUUGGUGCUAUGUUCUCAAAGAUAUGGAGGGUGCACCGCCUUACGACAAAGUCCAAGUCCGAAAGCAAGGGCCUGUCAUUCCAGCAUGUGGAGAGCUGGAAGCUGUAUGGGAUGGUGGGCGGCCUCGUGUUGGUGGAUGCAGUGAUCUUGUCUGCCUGGCAGCUGGUGGAUCCCAUGCAGCGCCACCUCGAAGUCUUUCCUCUUGAACCACCUGCCCUCUCUGAUGAGGAUGUUCGUAUUGAGCCUGCCCUCGAGCACUGCGAGUCACGCAAUCAUGCCAUAUGGCUCGGUGUGAUGUACAGCUAUAAGGGCUUGUUGCUCAUAUUUGGCAUCUUCCUUGCAUAUGAGACGCGGAGUGUCAAGAUCAAGCAGCUGAACGACUCGCGCCUCGUUGGCAUGAGCAUAUACAACGUUGUGGUGCUGUGUCUGAUCACGGCGCCAGUCACGUUGGUGAUUGGCAGCCAGCAGGACGCCACCUUUGCGUUUGUCGCCCUGGCCAUCAUCUUCUGCAGUUUUCUCUCCAUGGCACUCAUUUUUGUACCCAAGAUUAUAGAGCUGGUGCGGCGGCCCCGCGAGCGUGCGGACGUGCGGAGCCUUAUGGACACCAUCACGAGCAAGGAGGAGGAAGAGAGGCACCAGCGGCUGCUUGCAGAGAACGAGGACCUCAAGAAGCAGAUCGCUGAGAAGGAGGAGCAAAUUCAAGUGCUGAACCAAAAGCUGCAGGAGCGACAGCGGCUGGCCCACCAGACUGCUCUGCCUGCUAGCGGCGAGAGGGUGCGCAUUGCACUGCCUCCCACCUAUGCAGAUGGCCUGCUGGCCCCCAAGGAGCCUGUGGCCAUUGACCCCGUCUCCGAUUCUGGCUUUGUCACGGGCACCUCCCUGGUUGGCCGUGGCUCACGCCUCUCCCGUUCCGACUUUGAAUUCUCCGAGUCAUACCUUUAAUUUGUGACAUACCAUCAGGUUGCACAAUACCUGGCAUGGCCAUUGGAGUUUGCCAUUCAGGAUGAGGCCCAGAAUGGCUAAUGUACAAACUUUCAUAAUGGAUUUCUUUGCAUGGGGAUACUUUGAAGGGGAUGAGCAGCAGAUGUGGUUUAGACUUUGGUUAUAUAAUUAUCAACCCUCAAGUUCCCUCUGUCUUAUGCCACAGCUAAGGAAGAAGGGGUUGAUUUCAGGGCAGUCUUUCCCUUUUCCAUGAGAUUAGUGCUGGUGUGCUUUGGUGACUUGUUUCUGCUUGGCCCAUUCUCGUGGCAUCCUAUUAAGUAAGGAGGCUUAAAGAAUGGAUCUUGCAGACUACAGUGCUUGAGGCACUUGCCUUGCAAUAUAAAAGGUGGCAAAAAUAGUGGAACAGGAGACAACAGCAGGGUGCUAAAGUAUUGAGUUCAUUUUAUUGAAAGAAAAAGAAUAACUUGCAUAAUGGAUAUGUAUAUGUGCCUAUCCUAUGGACUGGCCUGACUGCACUGCACACAUUUCCUUUUGCUUCAUACUGAGUUGUGCCUUUUCUGCCAAGGUUUGAAAUACUCAUUGCCACCAGUGGUUUUGGUUGUCACUGGUGAUAUGCAUAUUUUUUUUAAUAUACGCUCACAAAAAGUAUUAUUCUAAUAUUUCAGUUCACAUUGAACACUGCAAUUCCUCUGUACUCUUCUUCACAUAAGCAAUUUUUAGAAUUGUGUUAGAAUCGGGUAAAUAUCGCAAUCAGGCAUUGUGAGCUACUUUUAUUGCUUGGAAAUCUUAGGGCAGGUCAAAAAUAUGCGGGAGGUGAUGACUGUUCAACAGGAUCUGACGUGUGUUCAAUGUCAUCUCUCGCCGAGACAGAUGCGGCCACUAAAAGAGUGGUUAUUGGGGUCACCAUGAUGGUCAGGCACGUGCGUGCUGACUGGUCAAGAUCGAAUUAUCUGGUGAAGGCCAAUUUUAGAAUCGAAAUAAGGAAAGCUUGGUCCCAUAAAAAUGCAUGGGCGCUGGCCGGAACCUUCGGUCACGAUCAAUUUAACAAAAAAAUGGAAUUAACCAGAGUCAUAUUAACGGAACUCAACAAUAAGCUUUUCCAUACAGGCAGUAAUGGUUCUUUAAUACUUAGUGUAAAAAACUAAUAAUACUGAGCAAAUUUUAUGUCUGGCUUGAUACCACCAAGAUUAAAAAAUUUUUUCCCCUCACCACAAAAGCAAGGAUGAGCAGUGGAAAAGGAGGAGUGUUUAGGAGGUUUGCUUUUCAAGUAACUAAGUCAAAUGUACAAAAGGCAGUCAGAACAAGAAGGUAGAACGUACAGUUAAACAUCAUCACCCAGCAAAAACAGUUCCUGUGGAGCUCUGUAGCAUUCUUUUGUGUCGUGUUUCAUUCUUUUCUUUUUUUUUAGAUCAUUCUUACUCUAUUUACUAACUCUCUACUAGUCAGUGCAUAAUUGUAGUUUAGUCUGGCCUACUGCAGAGCAUGCAGCACAGUCCAGUUGCAUCAGAACUUGCUCACAUUUCAACAGCAAGAAGCAGAACUUACAAAAGCUACUCUAGAUCUUUCAAGCAAGGCUCAAAAGCUACAGACCUUGCCAAAGAAAGGCUCUUCUCAAUAGUCUUGCACAACACACAUGUGUUUGUGCUGGUGCUUGGUGGCUGCCAUUCAAGACAGCUGCUUUCACCUAUUCCUUCCAAGCUCCUUAUUGGUGCUCUUGCCACAUGGUGGUGUUAGCAGACCAUCCUACUGGAAUUUCAGAGGUUACCCAAAAAUUCGAGUCCCCUCUUUUCAAACAACUCGGCAACUGGCCAUUUACUUGCUUGAGGCAGAAAACAAGGAUAGAAAUAUGAUAACCUGAGCACUGGCCACCAAGUAAAUCCCAUAACAACAAGCACUCACUUGUACUGAUUCUUUAUUCUUUCCACACCUCCUGCACCAUGCGCCUGCUAUGCAUGAGUAUUCUUUCUGUCUUGUGCUGAAACGCACUUCCCCCAUCAGGAAUUUGAACAGUGACCACUCAUCAAUGCUAGAUGUUGAUAACAUGCUAGGAAAGGUAUAUCUCAACAUCUGCAGCCGUAUAGCUUGCACAAGUACUAUCUGCCUCCCAGUGCCAUGGGGACUGGUAACAGAAUAACAAAUUAGGUUUCUGCUGUUUACAUUUAUUACGUGUCUCCCCUUUUCAUACACCAUUCAUAACAGGAACUGCCAUGUCAUAUAAAUUGAGUUCAUAGGUUCAGUUGUUAGAAUGUGGCUGUUCCUCAGUGAUGGCUCACUUGUCAACCUGUCUUCUUUUUUCUUUUUUGCAGGGAAAGUUUUAAAAGAAAAAAAAAAGUUUUUUGUAAGGUUUGAGCAGAGCCAACUAGGCAUGAUUCAUGGUGGGCCCACGUGUCCACCAGGCACCUCAUUGUACCAUAGAGGCAUUUGAAUUCAAAAUCACAUUUAUUAACAAACGUGUUGAAUGCCUGCUGUUGCAAGAUGAAGUCUAUCUUGCGACUUACUAUUUGUUCGCUUUGGUUAUGUAAACUUGAAGACCGGUGUCCUAGCUAGCUGCAUUGUCUUCCCUUGGUGCAGGGACAGUGCUCGCAACUGGAUUGCUUCAGAUUGCACCUGUAUCUCUUAGUGCUGUGUUCCCUUCCAAAAGAGCUGUAUAAGUUGUAACAUGCACCCUUAUGUGUUCAAAGUAAAAGCAGUGUGAACCCACACUACUGCAGCAUAGGCUUCUGACAUGUACAUGAUACAUGGUUAUGUGUACAGGCGCAGCCACUGCUAGUGGGAACACACGAGCCCUUGACAGCACUCCGCAGAGUGCCACGCCACCACCGGCGCCUCGUGAAAUCUUGCAGCGCAGACGCAAUUAAAGCGAUAGACGGAGCACCCGGCAUAUCGUCUGCUAUGGUUCCUCUACUUCGCUACCUUUGCUGUGCGUGCAUUGGUAUCUAUAUAUGUUGUGCACACUAGUAGCUCUGAGUAUUCAUGAAAGUGCUUCCAAAGCCAAAUGUACACACGCUGAUGCAGGUGUUACAGAGUUUGGAAUGUGAAUAGCAAUUCCAUGCAGUUUUCAUUUGCAAAGGGUCAUUUCAAAACUCUGUGCUUUGAGUUUAAUCAAGAAUAAAUAGAAAUUAACACUUUCCAAGGACUCUGGCUGGCAUCAUGGCAAAUCCACUUGGGCGACCAUCAGAGCAGCCAUCCAGCUAUGCGAACAGCUGCAGGGUAAACAGCUGGGCGGUAUUAUUGGAUCAUCACUUUUGAGAAUAUUUUACUUUAGCACGAUGCGCUCUAAAUUUUUCACUGGAACCUUGUUCUAAACAGCCUUGUUGUUCCCAUAUAGCUUACAGAGUUUCAUGAGGUCGCCAAAUUCGGGCUUUUUCGUCCCACAUUUCUCGUAAAACUGCACUCAUUCAUAAACUUCAAAAGGUUCUAUUCUUUAGUUGUCCACGCUGAAUGCUGUUAGGUGAACUGCAACAGCUUUACUUUGUUUGAGGUGCAAGAAAGGGGCUCCUGGGCUGUGAUUCCACUCUUGAGACCCACCUCAAACAGGCGAUGCUUGACUGUUGUUGUUUAGGCGUCCAGACCAAGGGUUUCUUUCAUUUCCUGUGCAGAAGCACCUGGCUUCGCUGCCGCAGUCGCUGCAUAGUCGCCACGAUGCAAAGAUCUUUGUCGGUUGUCACCUGAGGCCGUGGAGCACGGGAGCAUCCUUGAUUCACCGCUCAGAUUUGAAUGCUUUAACAAUCCUAUUAGCGGUUUUCAGGGGUCUUCCUGUGGCUUCUGAAAUUGCUCGCUGUAAGCAUCCUCUGAAAGACACCUCCACAAUUCCCCAGCGUUCAUCCUCUGGCAUUCUAUCUAUUGCGUAGCAACAUGCUACAAAGAAAUGAACUGGCAUAAAAACAUGGCAGUUCUUUAUAAAGGGUCAUGGAGAACAGGACCAUAUCAAAAGUUGGCAUCAUUUUAAUUGCGCCAGUCUGUCUUUCACUAUUUUCUAUAAACCUACUGACCUUGUGAAGGGGUAGUGUGUUCUAGCUCUUCUUUAUUCUCGACACUGAAGAUGUAGCUGCACUUCUUAUCGCUCUUGCAUUAAGAAGAAUGCAGCCACGUUCAUGACCUAGCUUUUAGGCUGGAUUUACAUGAUGGGAUGGAUUGCCGAUUUAUUCCAAGGGUGACCAUAACAUAGUUCAGCUGCAACAACUGACCAGGUAGCACCUCGUCUCUGGUGUUUUUGAGUGUGGCAUUAUUCGGCAGCACUGAGCUACGUCAUGCUCAUCUGUUGGCUGCACCGACAAUCCAUCCUGUAUGAAUCCCACUUUAGUCACAAAACUUCAUUGCCGUUGACAACAUGGCAAUGUGAACAUUGAAGCAGUGCGAGCGGGAGCGGUGGAGGGAGGAGCUGUAGCAAAGAAUGCACCAGGCACUCUGCUCAUUGUCUUGAUUGUACCUGCGCAGCAAUACUUCAUGAGGUGUCAGUGGUGGCGCUCUGCAUAGCACUGCCACGGGCUCCCUUGUUCCCUCUAGCAGUAGCUGCACCUGUACAUGGUCAUGUACCAUCUUCAAAAGUGCAAACACUAAAUAACGAGCACCAAAGCAGCUGACACCAUAGUAUUUAGUGUUUCCCACCCAUUUAAGGUGUUUUUAAGAAGGCCUGUGACACAAAAUUGGUUCUUACAUUCAAAGUGUGUUACAAAACAAAAAUUUGAGUCCGUGGGAAAAUCUUGGAUGGUUUAUAAAGGCAGCACCAUUGUGGAACAUAUGGAGGGUUCCUUUUUUCUCCUUUUACCAGUAAUAUGUUAUGCCAGGAUAGUUUCUGAAAUAGCUAGUUGUGUUCUCAAUACACUGCGUGUAAAACAACUGCCUUAGUUUCCACACAAAUAAUUUCUCUAGCUUGAGGCACAAUUUAAACAGUUGUGGACACAAUAAAAAUGAUUUUAAAAAUUGUUUAAUUCUUGUCUGCUCUGCUGUUGUGUUUUUCAUUAUACUAAGGCUGUAAAUAUGCCUUAAAGAUUAUUUUUAAACAUAUAAGACUAACUGUAGCCUAAAGCUGAUACCUACUAUCUGAAGUGAUAAAUAGUGUGACACACAAAUCACACGUAAAGACAAAGGACAAGUGUUUUUUAUGUGUAGGGUGUGUUGUCCUAUUCAUAAUUUCAGAUAUGUCACAACCAGGCUCAUGGCAAAUGUUUUUAAAUAUUUUAUUUGCCUUACUUGGCAGCACGUGCAUAGCAGGAACAAGUGAGCUGAAAAAAUGUCUUGCACAAGGAAGGUGCAUCACUGUGCAAUCCAUUUAUAACAGUCUAAUCACAACAUUAAAAAAUGCAGUCACUACCAGUCGCAACACAUCCUGACUGACGUCAACAAUAAACAACAUCCAGUCAUAGAAACACUUCUGAUAUUGUAGCUUUUCUGUGUAUUUUGUCUAAUCUAGGAAGCAGCUCCUGGUAAUCUUUAUGUUUGUGAUAUGCCUUGCCACACUUGUCAUACUUGAGAUCUUCCUUAUGCUCUGAGUGCCAACCAGGAUUUUAACUUUUGUAAGAGAAAAAUAGGGCACAAGACCCAAAUGGUAGUGUUCUUAAAUGACAAUGUGAAAAUUUAAAUGUGCUAUUGCUGCUUUAUUUCACACAGAGCAGUUAUUGUCUGACUACUAAAACUUCCAUUGAGAAAUAACUAUGCACUGUAGAUAUAGUAGCACUAUUGUCCACAUUAGUUGGCAUGCACAAUGUUUCAAAAGAAAACUGCUUCUUUUAACAUAGCUCAGUCCUAAAAAGUUGCAUUGCAGAAAAUUGUGAUUGAGGAAGAAAACAGUAACGAUCUUGGCAUAUUAACAUCAGUUGAAUGGAAUUGUGUGUUAGGCAUUGGCAAGCUACAAAAAAAAAGUUAUUUUUGUGCCUGGAUUCUGCUGGAGCAGGAGAGUGACAGCAGUACCUUCAACUUAUGGCAUUGUACUAAAUUGCAGGGCAUACUUAGAGCACCCUCCAGAACAGCUCCAGUCCAUGCCCACAUCUUUUGCUAAGCGAAAUUCUAUUAUUUGGCCAAUUUUGCCAGAAAGUUGCCCAGUAAUCUUAUUAUCACGUGCAGUUUAUUUGUAGAAGAUCAAUACAGAAUGUUAUAGUAAGGCUAAGGUAACUUAUCGUUAUAAGUGACUUGUGGUAUCGUUAUAAGUGGAUUGCACUGUUUACUUGUAUGGCAUAUAGUUACAGGCUGUGCAAACUUGUUACAGCAAGCAUGUGUUUACUUUGAAACAUGAAGUAAAGAGGAAACAAUUCCAUUAAUCAGAUCUUUAAUGUGCACACUGCUUUUAGAAUGUUGGCAUGUCUUGAGCAUUUGUGUUGUUUUGUUUUUCUUUCUUUCUUCUUUUUUAACAUUUGUUCUGUUCUUUAAUGUGUUUCCUAGCAUUGAAACCAUUCGUGGCAGAGCACAUUGCCUUAUUUACUUAACCAUUAUUUUUUAAUUUUGGUUGUGGUAUUAUAGCAUAUGUUAUUUAUUGUGAUUGUGUGGGGGCACAAAUUUCAUAUUUAUGUUUACUGUUUACUGAUGGUUUACAUGCUGCUUUCUGAUUUCUCAAGUUUAUACACAAGUGCAGCAUUGACUUUAUUUUUUUCCCCAAGAGCUGUUUAAGAUCAAAAACUUCGAUAAAAGAGUGCUAUUGUAUCCACUACAUACAAAACACUAGGUGUUUCUGAGAACUGUGAUUUAGUUUACUCUUGCAAUGUGUGGAAUAAGUACAUAGAAGAAUCAAAGUGCAUCAGCAUAAAAUUUCAGUUAUCCUUGUAAGUCACCUUCAAAUAGUAUGCACUUUUAAGUGCUUUUGUGCUCAAAAGCAGUCACGAUCUUGCAUUCUCGAAAGUUUAGGAAUCAUAGUUUUGUAAUCUCAUUGAACUGGCAUUCACAUGUCAGUUGCAUCAAAUCAUUACGCACCUCGAGGCUGGCUGCACAGUUUGAACAAAUGUUAUUUGAAUUCUGCGUUCCGUCAUUUUCCAUCAGUUCAUUGGGCAGCAGGCCAGCUAACAUUUGUUCAGCAGGCUGUGCAUAAUGCGAGCGUUUCAACUGCAGCCUUAGCAGAGGGAGUAAUCAUUCACAUACUCGUACAUAUUUGAAGAAAAUUGACCUUUUGAAGGAACCUUUACUGUCUGCAACCUGCCAUGCUUUUCUUGUUUGUUUGUUGAUUUGUUUUCUUUAAUUUGUGUGCAUUCGUUUGAUGUUCUAUUGAAAAUGGUAUUAUGGAAGUGCACUACCAACUCCUUAAUAUGUGGGCUAGUCAACCAGAACCUUCAAGAGUUUCAUUGAGUCUUAAUAUUCUGGAUGGGCUAGAAUGCAAUCAUUCUGUAGGUUCAUUCAUAUUUAUUCAUUAAGCUUCAUUAUUUUCAGCAGCACAGAAAAUAGUAUUGCAGAGGACCUAAGUUCAAAUUCAUUGUAGGCUGUUUUAUCAACACAUAAUUGUAGGAUGGCAUAGUAGUCUUAACAGUUACUGCAGAAAAAUGUAAUAUCAACAAUGCUAGAAAUGGUAAUACACUUCGUUAUCCAUGGUAGGUACCAUUUUUUUGUGUAUGUGUGGCAGUUUGUGUGCACAUUCUAGUUCCUAUAUUUUCAUGAUUUCAUGUUCUCACGCACACACACAAAUGUACAGCACAUGCAUUAUACUACUGUACUCAUCAGUGAAUUAAAUGUCUACAUUAAAUGUGAAUAUUGACCUAGCAUGGCUGAAUCGAAUGUCAUGAUCACAUAUAGAUUAUCUUGCCUUGGGAAACUGAGGUGUUCAGUACUUGUGCAUUUGUACAUGCACAAUUUGGAUAUAAUGCAAGUGAACAUGAACAGCGCAUGGUAACACUGCUGAGAAAUAAUUGAGCUGUGAAACACUCUAAAAUACUUUUAAAAACACCUUUGCUAUGAAGGGCCACUGCCUCUGGAAUCUCCUCCCACUAUAAUAUUUACAAAGCAUUUUGCAUUACAGUGUUGAGAAGAGCCAAAGUUUCCUUCCUAACAUGCGGUAGAAAUCCUUUAACUUCUAUUUAGUCUUGCACGCCUAAUUAGGAUUUACUUGAAGAAGGGGGUACCAGCGAAACACCAAGGACGCGCACUCAAGGAAAAGGCGUUAGACAUGGACGAACGCUGGACUUUCAACAGUACUUUAUUGGAAUUCACAUUGACGCACAUAACCUCUGACACAUGCGAAUCUUCAACUCCUCCCAAGACAUGUGCAUAGAUAACACCUUGAAAGUACAUUACUACGCGAAAACAGCCGACGCAUGCGAAACUUCUACUCCUACCUAUCGGGUAGGUAAAAGAUGAUUAAUAAAAAACUGACAUUGAUGCACGGGUCUUAGGAGGAGUAGAAGUUGCACAUGCGUCGGUUUUUUUUGCACAGUAAUGUACUUUCGAGGUUUUAACUGUGCACAUGUCUUGGGAGGAGUUGAAGAUGUGCGUGCGUCGGAGGUUAUGUGCAGCAAUGUGAAUUCCAAUAAAGUACAAUUGAAAGUCCAGUGUUCGUCCAUGUCUAGCGCCUUUUUCUUGUGUGCGCGUCCUUUGUGUUUCGCUGGUACCCCCUUUUUCAAGUUCAUCGUGCACCAACUGGCCCAAGAGCUUGCGCUAAUGUAAUCAGGAUUUGUCAGACAGCUGGCUUCCAAAUUUUCUCAGUCAUUUCCUCUCACCGCCAUUUCUUUUCUUUUUUUUCGCCCAUUGUGGCUUCAGCUGUACCUGGUAACCAACUGGUCAUGGCUGUAAAAAAAAAAAGUCCAAUGCAUCUGGCCAAGAGGCUAUCAUGUUGCAUACUGUAUAUUGCGCCACCAGAAGGGUGGCAUGGACAAUGUAAUUAUUUUAUGCGUUGCAUAUUGCAAUCACUCAGUUCAGCCCUUGGGCGCGGCCGGGCAGCCACCAUUGAGGGUAUGAGCCAUUGUUCAUUGCUGCGCGUCUCAUAUGUGGGUCUAUUCUCUUUUAAGUUUGCUAUGUUUGUUAUUAAGUUGCUUCUAUUUUUAUGUGUUGCAUAUUGCAAUCACUCAGUUCAGCCCUUGGGCGUGGCCGGGCAGCCACCAUUGACCUUUAGCGCAACCACGUGACGUGAUGUCAUGACAGCCGGAGGAAAAGCUGGGCCCCAACUCGCGCAAUAUGCAAUGCAUUCUUAGGUUAACCAAGCUAAGCCUGGCCAUUUCUUUUUUAUCAUCUGUUUCAUAUGUAUUUAUUUACUUAUGGGACCUCUAAAAGGCAGUCCCUGGGUCAUGUUCAUAGUUGCUUGAUAUAUAUGUAUAAAUACACAGAUUUAUUUCAUGCAUUUAAAUUCCAUUUACCUUUCAAUGGGCAAGACACACGACUUGAGCCUGGUAGAAUGUUAUGUUUGCGGCCCAUAGAUGUUAACAUAAAUGCCUAGCACUACUGUUUCAAAUUUAGACCACACUGUGAAGAAUGCCUAGGUGGUGUUAGUAGGGCUGAUGUUGUACAGGAUAGUGUGAUAGAAAAAUGUCAUGUCGAUAGAGCUUGACUGCACUUCGUGUUUUCAAAUUUUUAUGUAAGCAAUCAUUUUGUUGUGCAGGGUGCCCUUUGAAAAGAGGUUUUGCUGCCAUUUGCACUCUUUUUUUUGUACUGAUGAGACGUCCAGCUGUGGUAAAAAAAAAGUGUAUAACCUCUUUGCUUGCACAAAUAAUUAUCAUGCAAAUUGGGCAUGUGUUACAAGUCGGUUUAGUUGGCACACACUAUAAGCUGCUUCCAAGCAUGUGCUGCCUGUGUUAUGUGCACUUACAGCUGUGGCCACCGUAAAAAAGAAACAUGAAAAAAUACACUUGAAACACAGAAAUGCUCGCAUUAUCCAACUGCUGAACUGUAGUCAACAAAAUUUUUUACAUUGAAAAAAAAAAAAAUGCUGAAACUGUAGUGACUGAUGGCAGCAUGUUUUUCUUAUUUAGGCUCUCUUCAUUUUUUCCUGGCUGAAUUGACUAAGGUUGCCAAAUUUUAAAAAAGCUGACACAUCAUAUGAUAGUGACUCUGAGACCAAAAUAGGGAUCGAAAUCAUGUAAACUCGGGGCAUAUCAUACAUGAGUCUAGAGCAAGGCCCUAUUUAGAGAAUAGAAAUUUAGCAAAACUGUCAUAAAUCGGUAACAGUUUUUGCAUCAGAUUUUAUAUAAAUGGCAUGAUACUGUAUGCUUGAAAUGAUUUGUCGGGUGUAGUUCACAGAAUUGUGAUUUCUUAUUUCUGGAGUGUAAUGUUACAUGAACUUAAAUAUAUUUAAGAACUUAAUUUAAAAAUUUACUCGUAACAGUCACUAGAAUUUUACAUCUAAAAUGUCAGAGAUUUCAUUGAAACGAGUUCAAUAGUUGUCUAAUGAUAACAUUUCACAUCUGAUUAUAAUGAAGAGGCCUUGCAUAUUCAGCUUUUUUUCAUGGUAUGCAGAGGUGCAAUAUUUUGCAGACAAAAUCGUUAUGAUCUAAGCACUAGGCUUGCUUUGUUUGCAAUGCCCAAACCUGGCAAGGGCCCCUUUGAGUGCAGGCAAUGAGUGAUUAAAUACUAAAAAUCAUUUCUAUGCUGAGUGGCUUUGAAAAUUUUCAGAGUAUUAGGAUUCACAUAAGGCAAUCUGCGCAAGAAUAUUUGUGCUUGAAAAAAAAGUCAACUUUUUUUCUAGUCAUUUGAACAUUCGUUAACUCUCCCUAUUUGUUGUCUUAUUAAGAGGAAGCUUUAGCUCGGGCCCAACUCCGACGCGGCCUAUUCACAUACGUAUAAAAUGCAAAAAUGUUUCUAUGAGAUAACCCCUGGACCGAUUUUAAUGAAAUCUGUUGCAUUUUAAAGAGAAAGUUAAAUUCUAGUGACUAUUGGAAGCGAAAUUUCGAUUUAGGGCUUGAAUUUUCUUAAAAUGAUUUUCAAAUAUUUGGCCGUUUGAAAAAAAAUAGAAGCACGAAGUUUACAAAUUCAUAGCUCUGCAUCAAGAACCGAUAUCGCAGUUCUGUAAACAGUAUCCAUCAGAUCAUUCAAAGCGGAAAAAUUCUAUGUGUCAUUUUUACAUCUUACGUGAAUUUGUUACGUUGGUUACAAGGGUUCUGCGAAAGCUGUAUUUCCAAAUUACUAAAUUUUUUUCAAUCCAUGUGUAACAUAUCAAUUUUGUCCGCUUUAGAUGUGCUAUUAGAUGAAAUACACAGUAUUGUAUUACCCUUUUUCGUUGUUUAGUUACAGAGCUGCAAACUUGAUAGUUUUGUUUUUUGAAAAUUUCAGAUUUUGCCGAUUUUUAAUAAAAUAUUGACAACCUAACUCAAAAAUUCGAAAUUAACGGCCACUAGGUUGUAAGUUUUUCUUUUAAAUGCAACAAACCUCGUCAAAUUUGGUGCACUGGUUGCUGAGAAAAACGAAUUCUCCUUUUACAUGUAUUUAGAUGGGAGCAGUGGAGCUAAAGCUUCCUCUUAAACAAAAACAAAAAAACAGUCAUCCUUCAGUUUCCUUUUUUUUUUUUUAAAUCUAACCUUUUCUUGAUUGUUGUGAGCGCUGCCAAACAUUAGAACACAACUUUUGCUUUUUUUCACGUUCACACUUCAACGGCAAGCACAUGUGCAUCUCGGAAUUUUAGGUUAUAAGUCACACUAAAUAGAAGUUUUGGCCGUUUUCUCACUAAUUUAAGCUGGUUUAGUGAUAGGAUGACUGUGGUCAAGAUGUCGGCUUUGUUGAAAUCACAUUACAGGGUCUCCUGUAUAGCAUUAUGAAUAACAUUCUGUGUGCUGCCUCUUGUUUCAGUUCAGUGCCUUGGCAUUACUAUACAUACAAUCUUUGCUGUGUUCUUCCACGCUUUAUUAUUAUGUAUAAUUUUUUUUUAUGCACAAUACACCAGAACUUUGUCAAAAAAUGCAUGUUUUGAUACUUUAUGGCAACUGUAUGCUGCACCUUCUGUACCAACCAUUUCAGUGCAAAAUUUUAAUUGUGCAUCUUAUUAUUUAAGCACUAGAUGCCAUAACUCAAUUUUUAAGUGUUUUCUUUUUUUUUCUCAAGGAAAUACAUGGUGAAUACAUCAUUCACUCAUUGAACAACUUCUGUGGCAAUAUUUCUGCCAAGUGGACGAAAGUGGCUAGUCCUGUAACGUUUACAAUCUAGUCAUGAAAAAAAAAAAAUUUUUUUUUUUAAACUUUCAGCGACAGUGAGCUAAGAGUACAAUAACCCCCUUUGCCAUGCACUAUGACCUCACGGAUUUCUUUAAGGCUGCACACGAAGUAUGUGCUGUCACACUGUGGCGAACAAAUGUGCAAUUUUAUUCCGAUUGUAUGUGUGCCACCUGUUUCCAUAGUGCUGCUGCAUAAAGUUUCCAAAAAAGAAAAUGAUGGCUUUUGUACUUGUUAGGCAUACAAUCCCAACUGUGAUGGAUCAUGUACUCUAUCUACUAGGACACUCUUGUGCAAUAUGAACCUCUAUGCCGUGUAGUGGAAGGGCUUCUUGUAGACUAUGUGGAGCUUCUUGUAGAGUAUGUGGCUGCUGGAUGGUGGAGACAAGUAAUGCAAGCUGUUAUUUUAUUUUAUUUUUUUAGCUUGAAGGCACAGGUGCAGAGCACGACAAAGGGCGGGAAAAGUAAGUCGGGUUAUGUUACAGUACGCAUGCACCUGUAUCUAAAAAUCGUCCACCGUUGGCACAUCUAGUGGUUCUCAUUCACUAGUAGCAGUAGUAGUAGUAGCAGUAGCAGUGCUGUGGCACUCGUUUACUCAGUAAAAGUUUAUUUGCCGUACUUAUUUUGGCAUAUGUUCGGUUUAGAUAAGCAUGCGGAACAGUAUACCCUGCUUAAGCAUUAGGCGUAGGCUGUGAGAACACUCAUGGUAGUGUACGCUGUUUCUCGUUAUCAGUGCAGGUCCCUAGUGUGGAACUUGUCCACCUAUCAUGUAGAUAACUGUGAAUAGUGCACAUGUACAGGUUGUUUAAAGAGACUCUCCUUGCUGGAGGUAUGUAUCCUCUCCUACCUACACCUACUCAGAACAUCUGCCUAUGGCACCGUCUCUUAUGUGUUGUUCUGUGCUCUACGAAUUAAGGCAACAGCUUUAGAUCUGUCAGGACAUGUUGAUUUUGAUGUGAGGUUAGACCUAAUUUGCAACUGUCUAGGUUCAGUGAUGUGUGAACACAAUCUAUGCUUGUUCAACAAGUUGUGGGAAUGUAUUGUGUUAGUAUAGUGCACACAUCAACGAAAACACAUGCAGAUCUUUCGUUAGCCUCUGUGGAUGUGCCCUGGGCAAGAAAGCCACUUCAGCUUGCUUGGGCUUUUAAACUCGAGCUCAACAACUCUGUGUCAUUGAAGAGCUAAUGUUUGGUUCUUGCAGUUUCUCUUUAGUGUUCUGCAUAAUCUGUUGUUUGAAGUGUAAAGAUGUCACUGUUUUAAAAUAAAAGCUGUUACACAUAGAACUGUUCACAGCUCAGCUUAUUUUAUUAUUCUCAGUGAUGGUAGCAUCCAUUAUAGGGAGGCUUGAAAGUUAGCACAUUAAGCAGAUGUAGCAUGCUGUUCAGAAUGCAUGUUUCAGGUUGCUUUCUUGUGUGUACAACUGCUGUGGCGAUGAUAGAAAAGCAUUAUACAAGAUAAGGUCAUGCACAUUUAUGAACAAACCAUGCUAGGUUGCAAGAUUUGUCAAUUAUGCUGCAGGUUUUCACUAGAUAGCUGCAAGACUGCUGCUAAAAUGUGCUAAACAGCAUCUUUGACUUUAAGCACUUGUCAAUCUGGAAUAAAAUUGGAUCAUGUACCCAAGAACAAUGUGCAAAUAUGCAAUAUCGCCAUGGCUCACAUUAUGGAUGGUGCGCAUGCUAGUGGUGUGAUGCCAGCGUGCAUCACCAUUGUUCCAUGUUAUGUUCAUCAGACAUAUUAAGAUGCUCUAUGGUUGAUACUCUGGACAACAGAUUGUUGCAUGCAUGUUGUGGAAGGCUGCUACAGCACCAAAUGUCUUGGCUGUUGCUGCUUUGUUUAAUUUCUGUUCCUACAAGCCUAUGUUUUGUAAAGCAUGUUUCUUGUACCAGUUUUCAACAAUGGUUGUGCGUGUUUUUGUGUCGCACAAACCACUCUGGCUUCUUUUGUACACUGCUCGAGUUACUAGAUUCUGUCAGAAAAAAUAUUACAUCCCUGUCCAGUCUAGCUAUACGAGUGUGUCUCAAGUGUACAUCACUUGUGUUUGUUCCGUAAAGUUUUGUAAGAUUUGUGUACUGCCAAAUAUUAGAUGCCAAUAAAUUGCAUUACCAUUACCAUGGUA